AUGGAUUACCGCACGCUGGAGAUCACAUUGGGCUCGGCCAAGGGCCUGAAGCAAGUCAACGUCUUCUCCAAGAUGGCUGUCUAUGCCGUCGUCUCCGUCUCCAGCGACCGCCGAUCGUCCCACCGCACGCCUUCUGAUCCGCACGGCGGGCGCAACCCUAUCUGGCAUUCGACCCUGCGCCUCGCCGUCCCCGCUGAAGGCGCCCUCUCCGGCAGCCACUCGCUCCACAUCCUCCUCCGCACCGAGCGCGCCUGCCCCCUCGGCGAUCGCGACGUCGGCGAGGUCCGCGUGCCCCUCGCCGAUCUGUUCAACUCGGAGGGAAACGAGGGACGGCGGAGCGUCCGGCACAUCAGCUACCAGGUUUGCCCGAUCGGGUCGGGCAGACCGAAAGGGGUGCUCAAUUUCUCUUACAAGCUCGGCGAGCGCAUCCCGGCGCCGGAUCCUGAUCCGAUCACCGACUUCGCCUACCCGUCCGCCGUGGACGCUCACGGCGCGCGGCCUUGCUACCGUGACAGCAGGCGAGCUCGUGACGGCGACGCUCCCCAUCUAGUCGACCCCUAUUCGCCGCCCCUGUGA